CAGGGAAAAGCUGCUAUGCCAAACUUUUACUGGCACCGCUCGCUUCCGCCUGCCUGCAGCUGGCUGGCUACUGUGCUCAUCACAGAAGAAGGCCCGUUCUUCGACAUUUUUCUCAGAAUUACAUAAUAGGUUGAGAAGGUCUAAGCCUGUCAUGCUGCCCCAGGCAUUAUCCACUCUAGCGCGACAGCCAAAAACGAUGAACAUAUUUUGUGGAAAGAGUCUCUGGAGCUGUACUGGCAUUCCAAAUGGAUAUACAUGUUGAUCGUGACGUACGCGUCGAGGAAACGUGACAGGAACUUUGCGAGAAGCCUCCUUUGUAAGCCUGCUGAACGGCGUUUCUCCCUCAUUCUCCCUUGGUGGAUCGUUCUGUACGGCCAAGGUUGAGAUGUUGAAUUUGCGUAGGUCACCUUCACUGUGUACCGCAUCCGCCAACGGCGACAUGACCAAAGAUUUCCCUUCUGCUUCCAUAGCCUCAGAAACCGCGACUUCAGACCUCGAAAACACAGAUAUUGACCGAAAUAUUCUGCGCGGCCUUGUGAAUCCUACGAAUAUACCAAAGCAAAUGUACAUCGUACCCACCGCUGUUACGUUAUCCAAUGUCUGCUUACUUUGGCGGGAUAUCGCCAUAAACAACCCCUCAAUCCUGCUUCGCGUUUCCCAAAAGGCACUUCGAGCCAACUCCAUACUCGCUCUAUACCUCUCUCGCUCCAAAGACAUUCCUCUUAAAUACGUCGUCUAUUCGCCAGGACAUUUAUUCGUAUCAAACAGCGAGAGCUGGCGGAGACGUUCAUUGACCGAGUGUUGUCAGUCGUUUCGCAAACUCGCUACUAUUGAUGUCAUGCCUCACUGGCUCGCAUUGACGCCGUCUUCUAUGUCGCUCGACCAUCUCACGGUAGCUAAUGCUACUACUGGCGACCUAGUCGCUCUGGUAGUAAUCGUCCCCAGCUUCAUCAUCACGUCGAUAUCCUUCAAAAAUUGCGAUUUCGUUCACAAUAUGCUUGAUCCGAAAUACCCAAAGCCCUUCGUUAGGACCCUUUCACAACUCACUUCGCUCACAAUCAUUCUAAACAAUAACUUCCUGGACAGCCUGACUGCUAUUCCUUCUAUCCUUCGAUGCCCCCAAUCUCCAGUCUUUUCCCGCUUUUUUCGGCGCUCGACGCGGUUGGAAUCCCUGAUUCUGAAGAACUGCAUCUGCCUCGCGAGUAUAAAGACGGCACUUUUCUCGCAGGAAAGGCUAGGGUACCUCGAUACGCAAGUGGUCCUUGGAGAUUUGGAUGUUGUGCUGGAAGCUAUUGAGGCAAGGUUAUGCACUUCCCGUCCUUGCAAUGCUAUCGUGCUACGCCUUGUGCAGAUGGAAGCGCCUAGCAUUGAGGUGGAAGGGACUGAGGAGGACAGUGGCACAGAGAGUGACCCCGAGGACGAGAAGUCAUACUGCUUCGGCUGUGGGGGAGUGCACGGCGACGUCGAGGAUUCUGAUAGUGAGGACGAUAGUGAAAGCGAUGAAGAGUCGGAUUCGGACUCUAACGCGCAGGGGUCAGAGAAGGUGGAAUGGAGAAAGAGGCGACUUGCUGAUGUUUGGCCUAGAGCUGUCCCGGUCCCAGUGAGUCCUGAUAUGCUCAAGACGGUUAAUAUCGGGCAUGGCGCACAAUUGAGCAAGUUUCGCGCUGCUGGGAUGCGGAUUGCUAUCGUCUCAGGUUGAACCUUGUCUCCCUGCUGAAAUGGUGGAGCUAUGUGACUCUAUUGGUGUCUUCACUGCUCAAUCCAUACACAGAUACCGACACUUUGUCUGAUCGUGUCACUUCUGGGAACCGAUUAUUCCAAUAUACGAUGUACAGCCUUGAAAAAAAGGCUUACGCUUCACGACUAUUUAUUGUAACCCAGCUCCUUUCGAUACUAUAGACUACAUGUCAUGGUACAUACCAACCAAUUUUCGCUCUCUUUAAGAGUUCCGAUUUCAAUUUGAAGCGUUAACACACGUGAUUCACGCG